UAGGCACUGGCCCACAAGACCCUGGUGCUCCUUCUGGGUGUCGACCCCUCAAAGCAGCUUGAUCACCCGCUGCCCACAGCCCACCCGCACGUCACCUACGCUUAUAUGAAGUACAUGUGGAAGAGCGCCCGCAAGAUUGAUGCCUUCCAGCACAUGCAGCACUUUGUUCAGGGGAUGCAGCAGCAAGCCCAGCAUGCUAUCGCUGCCGAGGACCAACAGCACAAGCAGGAGCUCCACAAACUGAUGGCCAGAUGUUUCUUGAAACUCGGGGAGUGGCAGCUCAGUCUGCAGGGCAUCAAUGAGAGCACCAUCCCCAAAGUUCUGCAGUAUUACAGCCAUUCUACUGAGCAUGACCGCAACUGGUACAAGGCCUGGCAUGCCUGGGCCGUCAUGAACUUUGAGGCGGUGCUGCACUACAAACACCAAAACCAAGGACGGGAUGAGAAGAAGAAGCUGCGACACGCAAGUGGUGCCAGUGCUAACAGUGAAGCCAGCAACAGCGACAGCGAGGUCGACAGCACUGACCACAGUCCUGUGCCCUCACCGGGCCAGAAAAAGGUCAAUGAG